UGCACUGUUCCACCAUCGGUCCACCACUCCACCGCCCACCACAACUAAUCAAAACACACUGAAGAACCAAAUCCUUAAACUGUAAGAAAAAAAAUGGAAGCUUGGGUUCCUCUGUUUGACAUCUUUCUCAACUCUCCAUCACCAGAAUUUGACGCAUCCCUCUGGUUUUCAUCAAAUUCUUUAACCAAUUCCACCACAACUACAUCAACUAAUUCCUUUCUGAAGCUUCUCUCUAAACCAAUUGACACCAUUUCCACAAACCCAUCUUCUUCUAUUCAAUCGAAAAGAUUUUUGUAUAUACAGACUCUUCCGGAUGCAGUACAGUCUCGGAUACUAUCAUUUCUGACUACUGAGAGUAAGAGAUUUUGUAAGAGGGAAUUGUGUUUACUCGCUGAGAAUGUCUUGAAUGGUAGUGAAGAGGUUGAUUUUUGGGUUAAAAAAUCUGCUCAUAACUUGCUUGAUAAAAUGUCUGACUCGGGUUUUCGUCAGUUUUCUACAUUGAAUUUGAAUGGAUUGGAAGAGGAGGAGGAGUUUUUUGCUUUGCCCAGUUGUCUUCAGAGUUGUAGUCAUAGUAAGAGUUCUGUUCUUCCAUGGCUUCCUCUUACAUUUGAUGAGUUGAGAGAAAGUGCUUCAGUGAGUUGUAUUGCAGAUGAGGGUUCAGAUGAAGCAAUGGAAGUUGAAGAAUUAUGUGAAGUAGAAGAAAAUGGUGAAGUGUUGAAUCAAGUGGAUGUUUCUAUUGAUUCUGAAGUUCGAACAAAAGCGGGUUCUUUGAAAAUGAAACUUUUAGAGUGUGAAUCUGCAAAAAGAACUGAGAAUUUAGCUAAUGAAAUUCGCCAACUUUGCUUCGAAGCAGAUGGAAAAGAGGUUAGAAAUUCCUUUGGGGUUUUGGGCCUGAUUGAACCUUGGGAAGUUGAUGAUGAAACUGCUUCGAUACUGAUAACGAAUUUAUUGGGUGUAAAUGCUAAUGAAAGUGAAUUAUCAUGGGCAAGCAAGGUUCUGUGUUCAAUUAUCUUACCGAAAUUGCUGGUUCUUAAUGAACCUGCUUCAAGAGUGUUAGUAACCACAACAAUUGAGUCUUGCAAACCGCGGCAGAAGGCUGCUGUGGAUGCACUUUUGUUUCCUUUAGUUCUCUGCAAGGAGGGGCUUAAUACUCAUUUAUGUGAUGUCAUGUCAAGGAUUAUCAAGGAAUGUCUGCAUCCAGCUCAUGUUUCUGCAUUCUGCCAGAGGUUACUUUGUGGAGAAGAAGAAUCGAGGAAAUUUAUCUGUCUUCCCUGCCAUCAGCAUCUGGUUUCUGAUAAACUGGUAUGGACUGAACCACUAUUUAUGUUGUUUCAAAACAUCUUGAAUCAGAAUGUUUCAUUAACUCAGGAUUCAAUUGAGCAUCUUGUUUCUGUUGUUCGAGAAUUAGCUGGUAAGUAUUCAGAAUCACUGAAGUUCAGUACCUUUUUGUUAUGUUUAGUUACCAAAUGUCAUUCUUCGUUGAAGCAUCAUAAGCUUAUAUUGAUUCCAACGGUUGAGCUGACCAAUACUUUCAUGACUAAAUCUAUAUUAUCAAAAUUGAAUAGUUUGUGACAAUGAUGUAAAAUCUGUUUGUUCGGGAUUGA